GUUGGUGGUGGUAAUGCACCAAAUCGUUGUUUUGCCAACCACCAAUAAACCUCAAAGAAGAGGAAGAAGAUGAAGAAGAGGAAUUUGAUGGGCGGGACAAACAAAUAGUGGCGAUGUCAACAGAAUAAUGUCUCUCUCUGCUGCGAAUAACGUUUAAUUAACCUCACACGGUACCACCAGAAGGUUCUGGGUGAAGAUGAGCUCCUUCGCAGGCCGGAUGAAGGAGUAUCCCUCCGUUUCUCUGGACCGGUUCGACCGGGAGAACCUACAUGCCCGGGCUUAUUUCCUCUCCCACUGUCACAAAGAUCACAUGAAAGGACUGAAAGGACGAAUAAUGAAGAGAAAACUGCAGUUCAGUCGCACCGUCAGGCUUUACUGCUCCUUCGUGACGAAAGAACUUCUGCUGAGCAAUCCCAAGUACGCUUUCUGGGAGGAAUACAUCGUUCCCUUAGAGCUGGAGAGCCCAAAUCAGAUUUCUCUGGUUGACGAGGCGACUGGAGAGAAAGAAGAGAUUGUGGUCACGUUGCUGCCUGCAGGCCACUGUCCCGGCUCUGUUAUGUUCCUGUUUGAGGGUUCUCAGGGAAACGUUCUGUAUACAGGAGACUUCAGGUUGGCGGCUGGAGACGUCUCGAGAAUAGAACAUCUGCACUCUGGCAGCAGAGUGAAAGACAUCCGGAGUGUUUAUCUGGACUCCACUUUCUAUGACCCUCGAUUCUACCAGAUUCCCACUCGGGAGGUUUGUCUGAACGGGAUCUCAGAGCUGAUUGGAAACUGGAUCAGACAGAGUUCGUAUCACGUCGUGUGGCUCAACUGUAAAGCUGCGUAUGGAUAUGAAUACCUGUUCACCAACCUGGGAGAGGAGUUCAACACACAGAUUCAUGUCAGAAGUCUGGAGAUGUUCAAGAAGAUGCCGGAGAUCCUGAGCUACGUGACGACUGACCGCAGGACGCAGAUCCACGCCUGUCGACACCCAAAGGACGAGGAGUUUUUCCAAGGCAACCGGCUGCCGUGUGGCUGCACAGCCGCCGACGGGACCCCUCUUCGCAUCAUCAGCAUCAAACCGUCCACCAUGUGGUUCGGAGAGAGAAUGAGGAAAACCAACGUUAUAAUACAAACAGGAGCCAGUUCCUUCAGAGCCUGCUUCAGUUUCCACUCCUCCUACUCAGAGAUUAAAAACUUCCUCUCCUAUCUGAAGCCAGUCAACAUCCAACCCAGUGUUAUCCCUAUGGGUCGGACACUGACUGAGGUGACACAGAUGUUGAAUCUGAUGUGCAGGAGCCACUCUGAUGAAGCAGCGUCCGUAUACAAACCUCUGGGAGUCCUGAAACGCUGCGUGGUGGAGCGACCUACAUACGAUUCCGACAGCGAUGACGGGCUGUUUGACGGGCUGGACCUGGAACCAGUGAGGAAGAAGAUGGCGCUGAACCAAGAUAUAGAAAACGUGAAAGCUCAGAGUCCUCUGAAAACAGCGCCCCCUGUGUCUGUGGAGGAGUCUUUUCCUCUGACGGUCACGGACGAGCAGCCUGUUGGACGCAACUAUGUGGACUGCACCGAGUCCAAUGGUGAAGAAGAAGAUGAGGAAGAGGAGGAGAACGAGGGAAAGGGCGAUUCAAAACUGGCGAAGGAGGAGGUGAUAAAGAAAACUGAGAAAAAGACGAUUGAGGUUGAAGGAAGUGGCUCCUCUAAUCCUCCGAAAUGGGACGACUUCUUCACCACGGAGACGCCGACGCCGACUGACAGCCAGAACAGCCUCAACAGCCAAUUACAAUCCUGCUGCUCCAUCCCAAGCCCCGCCCUCUCCAAAAUGACUGACUCGCAGACCCCAGAGCUGUUCAGCGAAGAAGAAGAAACCCCAGAUAACGAAGAAAACUUCAGUCUGACCCUCUCCGCCUCCCUGUCAAACCAUUCCUCCCAGAACCAGGACUCGUAUCUCCCCGACACUCUGAUCCUCCAACCAGAGCAGGGGGGGCGGGACCAAGGAGACUCAAGGACACAUACGGUGUCUCAGGAGAAGGAGAGUAACGUCCAGUCAGAGCUGGAGGAGCUCUCAGAGUCUCAGGUGUCGUCGGACUUUGAUAUUCCCUGCACGCCAGAGUCAAAAAUGCCUCAAUCUGAUGAACUGACACAGCUGUACAGGAAGCUGGCGUCAGGAGAGGAAGUGGUCAUCAGAAAGGGAAGUCAGGGCUCAAUGUGAUGUUUUUGGUGAGCCGCAUAACUUCUCUUAGUCCACCAGCUGGUUCAUAUGUGUUAUAUAAACACAUAAUGAGCUUCUAUAAUACCUCACAUGCCUUAUAAGUGACACCAUUCCUCUCUAAACCACGUAAACCUCAGGAUGUAAAGCAACACACACACACACAACGUUCAUUCCAAUGCACUUUAAGUUCACCCGUUCCCUACAUGCAUUAAUGCACCUGUGACUUUUCACAGCUGACUUUCCCUCUUUGUUGACAGUUUGUGGUUUGUUCCGUUAAACACUUUCAUCGUGAAGUGGAUCAAGUAGAUGAAGUUUUGUAUCAAAGCAGAAGUUUUUUGUUUCCAAAACCAAAUUAAAAGUAUUUAAUUUCAA